AUCGGUCAUAAAAAACACUACGAAUCCAAGCUAACAAGACUCGAAAUUUUAAGGAAAAGAAGAAAGGCGGAGGAAAAGAAUAAGGGAAAUACGAAAAUCAAAUAGAACACCAUAACAAAUAACAAUGGCUGGCAACCAAAAGCUUGUUGUGGUGUUUUUGACAAUGUCCGUGGUUGCCCUUUCCUCUAACCUUAUCUUUUGCGUAUCCGCUGACUCGGACAUGUUUGGCCCCGUUCAUACGGUUAAGAAGGAUUCUGACAUGUUCGGUGGUCCUACAGCUAAAAAGGAUUCUGAAAUUUUUAGUGAUCCUAUCCAUACGCUUAAGAAGGAUUCUGACAGGUUUGGCGGCCCUAUUCAUACUAUUAAGAAGGAUUCUGACAUGUUCGGUGGUCCUACAGCUAAAAAGGACUCCGACAUUUUUAGUGAUCCUAUCCAUACGGUUAAGAAGGAUUCUGACAUGUUUGACGGUCAUAUUCAUACUAUUAAGAAGGAUUCCGACAUGUUUGGUGGUUCUAUCAUUACUGUUAAAAAGGAUUCUGACAUUUUUAGUGAUCAUAUCCGUACAGUUAAGAAAGAUUCUGACAUGUUCGGUGGUCCUAACGUGGUUAAAAAAGAUGACAUGUUUGACGGUGAUAGUUCUAGACAAGCUAUUCAAACUUCCAUGAUAGCGAAGCCAAUCAAGGAGGACGACGAGGGCAAGGUCGCACCUGCGCCGGCACCGGCAAGUAAACUCCCAAGAUCAUUGGGCGCACACAAGAAAAAUUAAAAACGCAGUGGAAUGUCAUUCUCUUAAUCUUUUAUGAUAUUAUAAAUUCAUGAUUUCUUGGGAUGAAAUGUAAUGGAUAAAAAAAAAAUCUCUAUCUGAUUCUAAUGCAAAACUGUUAGAACCAGAAUGAUUCUAUAGAACUUACAUCCUGUGGAAAGUGUCAUUCAAUAAAUUAAAAUUUUGAUGGAUUU